AGAAAAACCAAGAGAAAAAAAAAAACCAACAACAUCAAGCAUCACCAUCUCUGACUUUUCAUGGUAACUACAAUGUGUACAGGAAAGAAACUGCUGAGUUUCAGUGUAUGAGGAAAUCGAAAGCUGUGAAAGCACUGGGUGGAGGCUCACUCUUUUUCUCCUCUACCUGCAAAACAACACAGGAUGAGGCACCCAGGAAGGCUCAGUCCUUCAAGUAGUAUAACCUUUGAACUUCUGUAUAUUUCAUUCUCCAGUUCCUAGGAGACUUAUUAGCUUAUCUACACACACACACACACACACACAAACACCGACUGGCCCCUCUAACACACUCUACAAAGAGGAAGAAAAAGAAGAGGAGGAGGAGGAGGGGAGAAGCCUUGUAUCCUACCCUGUAGAAGACCUCAGGAUCCUGACACCUCUGAAGAAACUUUCAGCAACGUUCACCUGUAAUUUGAGAAAUGGUGAAUGAAUAUAAGAAAAUUGUUCUUCUGACAGGACUAAUGGGUAUCAGUGACCAUGAUUUUAAAAUGGUUAAGUCCUUGUUGAGCAAAGAACUAAAACUAAAUAGAAAAAUGCAAGAUGAUUAUGACAGAAUUAGGAUUGCCGACUUGAUGGAAGAAAAGUUCCCAAAAGAUGCUGGAAUGCACCAACUGAUAGAACUGUACAAAGAGAUGCCAGGACUUGGAGACCUUGCUGAUAAACUCAAAAAAGUGAAGGCAAAAGCUAAAAGGAAAGAGACGGAGAAAAGCAACAUCCCAGCAAGAAGACGCAAGAGAGAUGAACCCAGUUCUUCCCAACCUAUGUCCACCACAAAUGAAGAUUUGGAACCAGAAUCAGGCAGGAGUACACUGAACUCACAGGUUCCUCGGUUUUCUACAACUGCUUCUAAGAGGGACCAAGAGAGUCAAGUGUCUCCAGAAAUAUCACUUAGAGUCCAGGCCCGCCAAAUGUCUCUAGCAACAGCAUCCAGCAGUACCCAGGCCCCUGGAAUGUCUCCAGCAACAAGAUCCAGCAGUGCCCACCUCCCUGGUGUGUCUCUAACAACAGCAUCCAGCAGUGCCCAGGUCCCUGGUGCGUCUCUAACAACAGCAUUCAGCAGUGCCCAGACCACUGGAAUGUCUCCAGCAACAGUAUCUAGCAGUUUCCAAGGCCCUCGAGUGUCUGCAGCAAAAGCAUUCAGCAGUGCCCAGGCCCCUAAAAGAAUGUUUCUAGCAAGACCAGCCAAGAAACCAAGACUGAAGACUGUUCCUACUCAACCUUCUGAGGUACAUGGUUACCACCACGAUCCCAAACAAGUGAUGGUGUUAAAAGCAACAGAACCAUUUACAUACAGCACAAAAAGCGAGAAAAGUAUGUUCCAUGCCACAGUGGCCACUGAGACUGAAUUCUUUAGAGUGAAGGUGUUUGAUAUUUCCCUGAAGGCGAAGUUCAUCAAAAGCAAUGUCAUUACCAUCUCAGAUUAUUUCGGUUGCAAUGGGUUCAUAAAUAUUUACAGUGCCUCCAGUGUGUCAGAGGUAAAUGUUAACCAAUCAAUGAUUAUCUCAACUGCACUGAUGCAAAGAGCCAAUGCAACACCUAAAAUCAAUUAUCUUUGCUCAAAAAGAAGAGGAAUAUUUGUGAAUGGAAUCUUUAUGGUAUAUGAGAAAAAUGUGAGUAAGGACUGCAUUUGCUAUGAAAUUCGAGACAAUACAGGGAUGAUGGAGGUGGUGGUCUAUGGACGACUGACCAGUGUUGACUGUAACCCAAGAGAUAAACUUAAACUUGUGUGCUUUGAAUUGACAUCAAAUGAGGAUAAAGUGCAGCUGAGAUCUACUAGGCAUAGUAACAUGGAGGUCAUCAAGGCUAGGAACUGAGAAACAACUGCUCCAUCCUGCUUCAGUUACAGGACUUCAUGAAUUCUCAUUGUGGAGACUUGGAAACCUCUGAUGUUUGUAUCGAUAAGAUCCAGUUCCAACUACAGAAAAAGGCCAUGCGUAUAACAAAUAAAAGUCACUUCUUUGCUCUAGGAAAUGGUGAUUUUAACAUUAGUCUUUCUAUACUUUUUGUAUUUUAAGUAUGUAAUUUGAUUUUAUAAUGUUUAUACUUUGAAAGAAAAAAAAACUUUUUAAACUGAAUCAAGUGCUUCUACAAAUUCUUCCAUUUGUUACUUUCUUUAAAACUGGGUCUGCACACCAGGCUGUGGUGAGAUAUUGUUUAUGAUUUCUUAAAGCUUGCCUGAGGACUCAGAAAGCAAAGCAGCCAGCCACUAGCUCUCACCUCUAGCUCAGACUGAAAGGGCUGAUCCACAUAUGAGUUCUUCACCGUGUCUCAAACUGCUGUCUCUUCUCAGGGUGGCUGGAGAACAAAUGCCUCUCUGAGACGUUGUUUCUGUCUUAUAUACUUCCCUAAUGUUGGCAUUAAAGGUGUGAGCUAUAAUUCUCUUUUAGACUGAUUCAUUCUUGUGUAGAUAUUAGUG